CUGAUUUUAAUCUAAAAUCUCAAACCCGUCUCAGGCCCUGUAACGUUUUGAUAAACGUCCCAUUAAGGUCGGGAUCGGGAUGGAUAGAAUACCUUAAAAUUCCCGCGAAAUUUUCAUACUGCGACAAAAGAAACAUUGUUCGUUUGGUUUUUGCUUUUGGGUCGUGGGUUUUGGUUCGAGGGACUUCUGAAAAUUCAGCGUAUUAGGUUUUGCAUAACCGAAAAAUGCAAUUGUUAGCAACGUUUGAAGAGUUUCUUAAUUUUGCUGAAUGUCUGCUAAGAUAGGGUUUAUGGUUCAAGGUUGAUACUGGGGUUUAGAGACGGAAAGCUUUGAUAUCAGACAUGCAGUCGGAUAUCCGGAAGUGGUUCAUGAAAAAACAUGACAAGGGCAAUGGAAAUGCAGCUAAGCCCGAGAAGCCUAAUACAGCCACCUCACAGCCUGAAACUUCUCCUCCAGCUGCAGCUUCACCAGAUAAACCUGUACAUGAAAGUGGAGAAGGUUCAGGAAGAAGGAAAACUAGCAAAUAUUUUGCUACUGAUUCCCAGAAGCCAAAAGAUGAAAAAGAGAUAGAGUGCACUCCAGCUAAAAGAAAGACUGAGAAGAGUAGGGAGGAAUUGAAUUGUGAUGUGAAACCCCCAUCUGCAAAGAGAGUUCAUAAGGGUGAUGAGGAUGAGGACUUUGUCUUGCCCAGCUUGAAGAAAAACUCAGCCAAGGACACUCCAACCAAGAAACUGAAGAGUGGGUCAGGCAAGGGUAUUGCUCAGAAAUCUGUGGAUAGUGAUGAGAGUGAUGAAGAGGUCCCUGAUGAUAAAACUGUCAAGUCUCCUUUUAAGGCUGCUGGAAGGGGUGCUGGUGGAAGAGGUGCAGCAGCAGCACCAGCUGGUGGAAGAGGGAGAGGUGGUGGUAGGGGUGGAUUCAUGAAUUUUGGUGAAAGGAAAGAUCCUCCACACAAGGGAGAAAAGGAAAUUCCAGAGGGUGCUCCUGAUUGUUUAGCUGGUCUGACUUUUGUGAUCAGUGGGACUCUUGACAGUUUGGAAAGGGAAGAAGCAGAAGACUUAAUUAAGCGGCAUGGUGGGCGUGUUACUGGAUCUGUCAGCAAAAAAACGAAUUAUCUUCUUGCUGAUGAAGAUAUUGGUGGGCGGAAAUCCACAAAAGCUAAAGAGCUGGGUACUGCCUUUUUAACCGAGGAUGGAUUGUUUGACUUGAUCCGUGCAUCAAAACCUGCAAAACCACCUGUGCGAGAGGAACCAAAGAAGAAAACUGCAGAUAAGGCUGUGGAAUCACUGCCAAAGAGAAGUCCUAAGAAAGUAGAAAGAAAGGAUCAAGGAGGCAGUGCUUUGGCAAGAAAGGUUGGUCCAACCAAUUCUGCUUCAGGUGUUUCUCUAGCUAAGCAGAAUGGCCAAACUGUUGGACAUUCACUGACAUGGACAGAGAAGUAUAGGCCAAAGCUUCCAAAUGAUAUUAUUGGCAAUCAGUCACUUGUUAAGCAGCUUCAUGACUGGUUGGCCAAUUGGAAUGAACAAUUCCUUCACACUGCGAAAAAAGGGAAAGGGAAGAAGCAGAAUGAUGGUGGAGCUAAGAAGGCUGUACUAAUAAGUGGAACACCUGGAAUAGGGAAGACUACGUCAGCAAAGGUUGUCAGCCAGAUGCUGGGGUUCCAAGCAAUUGAGGUUAAUGCUAGUGAUAAUCGUGGAAAGGCUGAUGCCAAAAUUUUCAAAGGAAUUGGUGGAAGCACGGCUAAUUCCGUAAAGGAACUUGUUAGUAAUGAAGCUCUGAGUGCUAAUUUGGAUCGGUCAAAGCAUUCUAAAACUGUGCUAAUUAUGGAUGAGGUUGAUGGUAUGUCCGCUGGAGAUAGAGGUGGUGUGGCUGAUCUUAUCGCUAGCAUCAAGAUAUCCAAGAUUCCUAUCAUCUGUAUCUGUAAUGAUCGCUACAGUCAGAAACUAAAAAGCCUUGUCAACUAUUGUUUGGUCCUUACUUUCCGGAAACCGACAAAACAACAGAUGGCAAAGAGGUUAUUGCAAAUUGCAAACAACGAAGGACUUCAAGUUAAUGAGAUUGCACUUGAAGAACUUGCAGAGAGAGUUAAUGGAGAUAUGCGAAUGGCACUAAAUCAGUUGCAGUAUAUGAGCCUCUCAAUGUCUGUUAUCAAAUAUGAUGACAUAAGAAACCGUCUUCUUAACAGUGCAAAGGAUGAAGACAUUUCACCCUUUACUGCUGUUGAUAAGCUAUUUGGUUUUAAUGGGGGGAAGUUGAGAAUGGAUGAGAGAAUUGACUUGAGCAUGAGCGAUCCUGAUCUAGUCCCUCUUAUUAUUCAGGAAAAUUACAUCAAUUAUGUACCUAGCUUUGCUGGUAAGGAUGAUAACGGGAUCAAAAGAAUGAACUUACUUGCACGUGCUGCAGAGUCUAUUGCAGAUGGCGAUAUAAUCAAUGUUCAAAUUAGAAGAUAUCGACAGUGGCAACUAUCCCAAACUAGCUCGUUUGCAUCUUGCAUAAUCCCUGCUGCUUUGCUGCAUGGGAGAAGAGAGACCCUUGAACAGGGGGAGCGCAAUUUUAAUAGAUUUGGUGGGUGGCUUGGAAAGAACUCUACAGUGGGAAAAAAUUUGAGGCUUUUGGAAGAUGUGCAUGCUCAUCUUCUUGCUUCUCGUGAAUACAAUUCUGAUAGGGAAACCUUGCGAGUUGAUUACUUCACUCUUCUUCUGAAACGAUUAACUGAGCCUCUUCAGACACUCUCUAAGGAUGAAGCAGUUCAGAAUGUUGUUGAGUUGAUGGAUGCUUACUCUAUAAAUCAGGACGACUUUGACACAAUCGUGGAGUUAUCAAAGUUCCAGGGACACCGAAACCCAUUAGAUGGCAUACCACCUGCUGUCAAAGCUGCAUUGACAAAGGCAUACAAGCAAGGAAGUAGCUUGCGCGUGGUACGAUCAGCUGACUUGAUCACACUUCCUGGAAUUAAGAAGGCCCCAAAGAAGCGUGUAGCAGCAAUGUUAGAGCCAGUGGAAGAUACUUUGGCAGAGGAGGACGAUGAUGCACUAGCAGAAAGUGAAGAAGAGAACUCUUCAGAUACAGAGGAUAUGGAAAAUAUUGAUAAACAACUUAAGAUGGAUUUUCAGAGCAACAGCUCGAAAGGAAUUCAAGUCAAAUUGGACUUGAAAAACACGGGAAAUUCUAAUGCAAAGAAGACACCAGCGAAUAACUCGAAGGAAAGCUCUCAAUCUGGACAGAAGAAAGGGGGACGGGGUUCUGGAGCAGCAGCCAAGAGAAAAAGAUAGAAGAGGACUUAGUAGUUUUAAGGUAUUUUUGAGUAGGAAAGCGUAUGGCUUCCUAAAAUUUGGGGCUGUUGCCAUUUGUAAGUAUUUCAUCACGAACACUUUUUGAGGUUGCUACCAUGGUUCACAGUGUUCUAUAUAAACAAUGAAAUUGGGCAUCUAAUGGGAGGAGCAAAAGAUUACAACUCUGGAUAUUUUACUGUCGUUUCAAAAAGUACCAACAAAAUUUCUAUUUUAUGUAUGCAAGCAUUCAGUAACAUUGGAAAAAAAUCAUGGAUUUUGUUAAUUGGAAAACAAUGACGAGGCAUACAAUUUCAGCAAAGUUUUAUUAUAAAAUCUUGAGGAAGGUAUUUGGAUUUGAUC